GAGGAGUUUUCUUUAAAGGUUAUAGAAAAGACAGAAAGGUUGUGAGAUCAGCCCACCUGAGGAGCCUCAUCCAACAUCUACUGCUCAGAGAGCCAUCAGUUCCUCUGCUAAGGAGAGGUAAAAAUGAGCCAGCUCACAGAACUAGUUCUUCUUACAGUCUUCUUGGCAUUCUUCGGUCAAGCUGAAGCAAAUCCUUUCGUUUACAACUAUGAGGCGCUGAGGAUCGGGGGUUUGAUCUUCACAGCCCUGCUCGUAGCCGGAGGGGUUGGAGUUCUGUGUUGGGGGCAGUGCAAACCACGGAGAAAGAAUGAUGAAGACGCAAGCAAAAUCUAAGGAUUUCAGACUUCAUCUGCUGAAAAUUUCCAUUGGAUUUGAUCGAGCGGAAGACUGUUGGGUUUUUUUCUAGAAAGCGCUAAUGGCGAACUUGCUUCACUUCUCACCUGUACUUUAUUUUAUUGUUGAUUCUUUCAAUAUUUUUCAACCAUUUAAUUUAUGCAUUAAUUACAGUCCCUUCCCAAAAAACUGAGCUGCUGUUAUUUUGAAUUUAUAGAAUUACUCUAUAAAUGUUGAUAAUCUCUCAAAGUGGCGUUUUAAUAAAAAUUCUCAGUCAUGGGCCUGCAAAACUGAUUUGGUUGUCAUUUUAUGUCUAAAUGAAUUUUUUGGAUGAGAGAUAUUCAAACAUUGGCUGGCCUUGAUGGAAGUUAAAUGUAUUUAUUUUAUUUUAUUUAUUUUUUUUGUAAAAAUCUAAGUACAAUGAAAUACUGAAAUGCAUUAUACACAGCAUGCAUUAAACAUAGAUGGAAAUAAAUAAAAUAAAUAAAUGUGGUUAUUCAUA